AUGCAGACCAGGAAGAAAUACAUUUUCCUGACUUUCCUUGCCUCUUGGCUCCUGCUUUUCUUCUUCGGAGGGGAUCAGCUGCGUCGUUUCGCUUUCUUUUCGGGGAGGAAAGCAGAAGCCCGGAGGAGCUGGCCCCGCUGGACGGAUCGCUCCCUCCUCAAAAGCUUUGCAGAGCCCGAGGAGCUGCAGAGGGAUGGGGACCCAUCCCUGCUGUCCCCCCGGGAGCGGCGGGUGGCGUGGCUGAGCGGCUCCAGGGGCAGCAGAUGCCGGAUGGAAACCUGCUUCGACCUCUCCAGGUGUGAGAGGCACGGCUUCAAAGUGUUCACCUACCCCCAGGAGCGGGGCCAGCCCGUGUCAGAGACCUACAGCAAAAUCCUCAGCUCCAUCGAGCGCUCCCGCUACCACACCCUGAAGCCCGAGGAAGCCUGUCUGUUCAUCCUCAGCAUCGACACGCUGGACCGCGACCACCUCUCGGGCCACUACGUGCGGGACGUGGGUGAGAAAAUCCGCGGAUUUCCGCUCUGGAACGGCGGCCGCAACCACCUCAUCUUCAACCUCUACUCGGGCACAUGGCCCGGCUACACCGGUGACCUGGGCUUCGACAGCGGCCAGGCCAUGCUGGCCAAAGCCAGCUUCGACACGAGCAGCUUCAGGCCUGGCUUCGACAUCUCCAUCCCCCUGUUCCCCAGGGAGCACCCGCAGCGCGGUGGGGACGGGGGGUGGCUGCGCCACGACUCGCUGCCCCCCAAAAAGAAAUACCUGCUGGUGUUCAAGGGGAAGCGGUACCUGACCGGCAUCGGCUCCGGCACGCGGAACGCGCUGCACCACAUCCACAACGGGAAGGACAUCAUCUCCCUCACCACCUGCAAGCACGGCAAGGACUGGGAGAAGCACAAGGACACGCGCUGUGACAAGGACAACGUCGACUAUGAAAGGUUUGACUACCAGGAGCUGCUGCACAACUCCACCUUCUGCAUCGUGCCCCGGGGCAGGCGCUUGGGCUCCUUCCGCUUCCUGGAGGCUCUGCAGGCCGCCUGCAUCCCGGUGCUGCUGAGUGAUGGCUGGGAGCUGCCCUUCGCCGAGGCCAUCGACUGGGGCAAAGCUGCUGUGGUGGGCAGCGAGAGGCUCCUGCUGCAGAUCCCCUCUGCCCUGCGCUGCAUCCCCCCGGAGCGUGUGCUGGCCUUCCAGCAGCAGACCCAGUUCCUGUGGGAUGCCUACUUCUCCUCCGUGGACAAGAUCGUGCACACCACGCUGGAGAUCAUCAAGGACCGGCUGUCUCCGCACCGCUCCCGCUCCCGCUUCCUCUGGAACGCGCUGCCCGGGGGGCUCCUGGUCCUGCCCGACUUCUCCACCCACCUCGGGGAUUUUCCCUUCUACCACCUGCGCCUCGGUAGGAUCCCGCCUGCCCCGGCCGAGCGCGGCACACUCGGGCUGUGCCCAACACCUCUCCUUUCCCUUCCCCACCUUUUCUUCAGGCUACAGCCCCUCCGAGAAGUUCACGGCGUUCAUCCGGGCGGCGUCGCAGGCAGGGUCGCUGUCGCAGCCCAUCCUCAGGCUCAUCCAAGCUGUGUCUGGAUCCCAGCACUGCGCCAAGAUCGUGGUCCUGUGGAGCUGCGAGAAGCCGCCACCCCCGAGCUGGAAAUGGCCCCAGAGCAGCGUGCCCCUGAGCGUCAUCCAGGGCAGGAGGGGGCUCAGCGACCGCUUCUUCCCCUUCGGGGCCAUCCAGACGGACGCGGUGCUGAGCCUGGACGAGGACACCAACCUCUCCACCAGCGAGGUGGAUUUUGCCUUCUCGGUGUGGCGCAGCUUCCCCGAGCGCAUCGUGGGCUUCCCCACGCGGAGCCACUUCUGGGACCCCGAGCAGGGGCGCUGGGGCUGCACCUCCAAAUGGACCAACGAGCUCUCCAUGGUCCUCACCGCCGCCGCCUUCUACCACAGGUACUACCACAGCCUCUUCACCGAGUACCUGCCCGCGGGGCUGCGGGAGCUGGUGGAUGGGCUGGCCGCCUGCGAGGACAUCCUGAUGAACGUCCUGGUGGCCGCUGUCACCAAGCUGCCACCCAUCAAGGUGACCCAGCGCAAGCAGCACAAGGAGGGGGUGGCCCAGCAGGCGGGGUGCGGCGAUGGGGCUGCGGGGACCCCCCAACCCGGGCAGAGGAGCCCCCGGCGCUUCUCCCAGCGGCAGGACUGCCUCAACCAGUUGGCCGACUGGUUUGGCUACAUGCCCCUGGUGUCCUCCCAGCUGCGCCUCGACCCUGUCCUCUUCAAGGACCAGGUGUCCGUCCUGCGCAAGAGAUACCCGAGCCUGGAGAGGCCGUGAGGGCCGCGGGGCUCGGGGCCGGUUCCCGGUGCGCCGCUCCCGGUGCGCGGAGCCCUCCCGGGGACGGGCUCGCUGCUGACGGGGUUUUACUCGUUCUUGGCUUUUAGCAGUGCAAUAAAGGAGGGGGAGAGGCGGGA